ACGCUCUGAAGCGGCCCGCUGGAGACCAUGAGCACUGUCCCGGAGUUUUAUUCGAGGCGGCGGCGGUGGGACUCGCACUCUGCCCAGUCGGAUCAAUUGGGAUUGCGAUUAGGUAUGUGGUACUGGAAAGAUGAAACCAAAACACUUGAAUUCAGAAGUUUUACACCUGCAGUAGAACUCAAGGAAAGAGGAAAGAAAGGCAAAGCAGUUCACUUUGUUGAAAUUGAUGGUCCAGCUUCAGACAGGUUGACAGAUAAACGGUUUGCUCUAAGAGAUGAUAAGUCACCCAGAGGCUUGGAGAAACGGAGUCAGCAGGGCAACGUUACACUCCACGAUGCUAAAUUUGUGGCUUUGCUUUUACUACAAGAUACUGAGAUGCCGCGUAUCUGUUCCUUUACAACAUUUAUGAGGAAUAAGAAUCUUGACAAUUUCCUUAUGGCAUUGUUGUACUACUUAUAUUAUUACUUGGAAAAAAUCUCACAGGAAAAGAAACCCAAAAGCUAUAUGAUAGGCCUUGUAGAGAAAAAAGAAAUGGAAAUGAUUAUCAGUAAGUUAGAAGCAGCACAGAAAUACUUGGCACAGAAGUACUGUGUCCUCGUCCUGGGCUUGGGAAUGCCUGAUAAGCAUCACAUGAGCUGCGGAAAGGGAAAAAUAUCAGAUACACAAAAAGACUGGAAAUUCUUUGAGUCCUUUUAUACAUUCUGUACAUACGUAGCCUGGAUUGUCUUCCGACGUCAACACUUCACAGAGAUUGAGGAAGAAAUAGGAAGGCUCUUUCGUUCCAACAUGUUCAACAUUCCUCGAAGGAAGCGCGAGGAUGAAGAGUCAGGAGGGGAAAAGAAGCGCAUGACUUUUGUACAAUUCAGGAGAAUGAUGGCAAAACGCCCAGCGAUUAAAAAAGCCAUUCACAUGCGCUCUCCAGUCAUGUCCACUCUGCUGCCCUCUCUCAGAGAAAAAGCUCAGAAUGUCUCUGAGAAAAAGUACCGUCAAAUAGGCACGAAAUUCCCAGCCCAGAUGCAAGAGCCCAGGGAAACUCUGGACUCUUUGCACAUGCCAAUAGUUGGCAUCUUGGGGGAGCCUCGAUGUCAGUUCAACCCCCAUACCCUUAUCCCCCUUGAUCCAGAAGAAAGCAUGAAGUCUGGGAAAUCGUCUUCCCUGAUAGAAAGAAAUAACUUGAGGAUUCAGGAUACACUGGACUUAGUCAUGAGAACACUGUCCUCUCAAACAACAUUCCCUAAAUAAUCUAUACAUUCCACUUCUGUAGUUAAUUCUUAUAUUUGAAGUAAACUACUUUGACUUAAUCACUUAUAUAAGACUAAUGUUUAUUAUUAAACUUUAAAACUUAUCCAAAUUAUUUUGCUAAAAGUUCAACAGUAGACUAAAGAAUUCUAGGAAGCUUUUGAAAAGCUCAUUUUGCUAUAUUUAAUAGUUUGUUUUGUUAAUUAUUUACUUUCUUGGCUUUACAUGACUGUUUAGAGUAAUGUAUUAGGACAUUUGCCUUUUUAUACUGCUCAAUGAACAAUGCAAAGAAGUAGAAGAAAACAAUAAAAUGGGAAAGACUAGAGAUCUCUAAGAAAAUUGGAGCCAUCAAAGGAACAUUUCAUGCAAGGAUGGGCAUGAUGAAGGACAAAAAUGGUAAAGACUUAACAGAGGUAGAAGAGGUUAAGGAGAGGUGGCAGGAAUACACAGAAGAACUGUACAAAAAAGGUAUUGAUGACCCAGAUAACCAUGAUGGUGUGGUCACUCACCUAGAGCCAGACAUCCUGGUGUAUGAAGUCAAGUGGGCCUUAGGAAGCAUUACUACCAAUAAAGCUAGUGGAAGUGAUGGAAUUCCAGCUGAGCUAUUUAAAAUCCUAAAACAUGCUGUUAAAGUGCUGCACUCAGUAUGUCAGCAAAUUUAGAAAACUCAGCAGUGGCCGCAGGACUGGAAAAUGUCAGUUUUCUUCCCAAUUCCAAAGAAGGGCAGUGUUAAAAAAUGUUCAAAAGUGAAAGUUGCUUCGUCAUGUCCAACUCUUUGUGACCCCAUGGACUAUAGCCCGCCAGGCUCCCCGUCCAGGGAAUUUUCCAGGCAAGAGUGCUGGAGUGACUUGCCAUUCCCUUUUUCAGGGGAUCUUCCCAACCUGGGGAUCGAACCUGGGUUUCCUACAUUGGAGGCAGAUUCUUUACCAUCUGAGCCACCACACCACCAGACAACUGGGCUCACUUCCUAUGCUAGUAAAGUGAAAGAAAGUAAAAGUCACUCAGUCAUGUCCAACUCUUUGCCACCCCAUGAACUGUACAGUACAUGGAAUUUUCCAGGCCAGAUUACUGGAGUGGGUAGCCUUUCCCUUCUCCAGGGAAUCUUCCCAACCCGGGGAUUAAACGCAGGUCUCCUGCAUUGCAGGCGGAUUCUUUACCAGCUGAGCCAACAAGGGAAGUCCAAGAAUACUGGAGUGGGUAGCCUAUCCCUUCUCCAGGGGAUCUUCCUGACCCAGGAAUUGAACUGGGGUCUCCUGCAUUGGAGGAGGAUUCUUUACCAACUGAGCUACCAGGGAAGCCCCAUGCUGGUAAGGUUAUGUUCAACAUCCUUCAAGCUAGGCUUCAUCAGUACUUGGAUGGAGAACUUCCAAAUGUACAAGCUGGGUUUAGAAAAGGCAGAGAUCAAAUUGCCAACAUUUGUUGGCUCAUAGAGAAAGCAAGGGAAUUCCCCAAAAACAUUUACUUCUGCUUCAUUGACUACACGAAAGCCUUUGACUGUAUGGUUCACAGCAAAGUGUGGGAGGUUUUUAAAGAGUAGGAAUACCAGAUCAUUUUGACCUGGCUACUGAGAAACGUGUAUGCAGGUCAAGAAGCAACAGUUAGAACCUUACAUGGAACAACAGACUGGUGCAAAAUUAGGAAAGGAGUAUGACAAGGCUGAAUAUUGUCACUCUGUUUAUUUAACUUAUAUGCUGAGUACAUCAUGCAAAAUAUUGGGCUGGAUGAGUUACAAGCUGGAAUCAAGAUUGCUGGGAGAAAUAUCAACAACCUCAGAUAUGCAGAUGAUACCACUCUAAUGGCAGAAAGGGGUACUGAAGAGCCUUUUGAUGAGGGUAAAGGAGGAGAGUGAAAAAGCUGGCUUAAAACUCAACAUAAAAAAAACAAAGAUCAUGGCAUCUGGUCCCAUCACUUCAUGGCAAGUAGAGGGGAAAGAGUGGAAGUAGUGACAGAUUUUUUCCUUCUUGGGCUCCAGAAUCACAGGCUGGUGACUGCAGCCAAGAAAUUAAAAGACCCUUGCUUCUUGGAAAGAAGGCUAUGACAAACAUAGAUAGUGUAUUAAAAAGCAAAGGAAAAGAAAAAAAGCAAAGACAUCACUUUGUCAACAAAGGUCCAUAUAGUCAAAGCUUUGGUCUUUGUAGUAGUUAUGUAAGGAUGUAAGAGUUGGAUCAUAAAGAAGGCUGAGCACCUUAAGAGAAUUGAUGCUUUUGAACUGUGAUGCUGGAGAAGACUCUUGAGAGUCCUUUGGACAGCAAGGAGAUCAAACCAGUGAAUCCUAAAGAAAAUCAACCCUAAAAAUUCAUUGGAAGGACUGAUGCAGAAACUCCAAUACUUUGGCCACCUGAUGUCAAGAGCCAAUUCACUGGAAAAGUCCCCGAUUCUGGGAAAGAUUGAAGGUAAAGUAGAAGAGGGAGGCAGAGGAUGAGAUGCUUAUAUAGCAUCACCGAUGCAAUGGACAUGAACUUGGGUAAACUCUGGGAGAUGGUGAGGGACAGGGAGGCCUGGUGUGCUGCAGUCUCAAAGAGUAAGACAUAACAGAAGAACAUUCUGUUUCUUCAUUUUUGAGUUCCUUUUUGUUUUAUGAGAGAGAGUAAUUGGUACAUCUGAAAACAAAAUACCAUAAAAAGGCAAAAUAAAAUA